AUGUACAGUAGACAUCGUCAUCAUCGGCAUGCUUUUCCAUCUUCACAUCGUUCACAUCGUUUUUCUACGAUGCGCAAUUAUGCUCGACCACAUUACAGACGACAAUCCAACUUGUUUUAUCCACCACCAAAUACUUUCGGUGUAGAUCCUAAUCAAAACAAACAAGGAUUUUGGGAAAAACUCGGCAACUUCUUUACUGGAUUAUUCUCAAGAAAUACAAAUCAUGUCACACCGCAGUACAGCGGAGUUGGAUUUGUCCCAUAUGGAGGAUAUAGUUCACCUGGAACUGGUGGAGGAAUAUUUCAUCAUUCUGGUGUCGGAGGAGCAUCGUCAUGUAGUGGUGGUUUAGGCGAUUUUGGAGGAGCAGCAUCGAGUUGUAGCGGCGGAAACAGUGGAGGAGACGGCGGCAAUAGUCUUGGAGGAUCGAGUUGUGGUGGAAGUGGUGGAGGUGGUGGGGGCUCCUGUGGAAGUGGUGGAGGUGGUGGGGGCUCCUGUGGAAGUGGUGGAGGUGGUGGUGGCUCCUGUGGAGGUGGUGGUGGUGGUGGCUCCUGUGGAGGUGCUGGCGGCGGAAGUGGCAAGGUUCUUAAACUGCGUCAUACCGUUUUCCUGGCUACCGGAAUAAAUUAA